GAAGAGACAGAUCGGAGCUGGUGCUUAUGUGAUAGUUCCACUACAUUUACACGUUAACGCAGUCGGAACUGGUGUAGCUGAAGAUGAACAGUGUGGGUGAAGGCUGUACGGACUUAAAGCGGGAUUAUGAUCAGUGUUUUAACCGCUGGUUCGCCGAGAAAUUCCUUAAAGGGGACCGGAGUGAAGAUCCAUGUACUGAACUCUUCAAGAAAUACCAGUUCUGUGUUCAGAAAGCUAUUAAAGAAAAGGACAUCCCUGUCGAUGGUGUGGAAUUUAUGGGGCCGAACAAAGAGAAGCCUGGCAGUUGAUGUGAUCUGCGCUGUCGCUGUUCUGAAUGUCAUUGACUGCCUGAUUGUGUCAGGAAAAAAAAACAUUCCGGAUUGCACUGGUGAUGUCAGAAUCUUGAUGGCAUGACAUGACAUGACAUCAUGAUGUGAUGUUGGACUUACUUAUGAGAAUGUUUU